GAAAAAACUGCACUCGCGUCUUUGUCCAGUAGAGAGCGCUGUAACACCACUGACAACCGCCACAAGAAGAAGAAAACAGUUUGCGACAGUGCAGCUCGCGUUGCGGUAACUGUUUUGCGACGACUGUUCCUUUUAACGCCACACGUGUGUACAGUCCGGUGUUGAGCCAACAUGGCUAAAAUUUCUAAAAAGAGAGAGAGCAAAAAGAGUCGAAAACCGUCCAAAGUGACAAAUAAGACAACGCCAGUGAAGCCGGAAGUAAGUUAUGAUGAUGACGACGCGGAGGUUGUCAGCGAGGGGGACGAGAACAUCACCAGUGAGGAGGAGGAAGAUGAGAGAAAACACCAAAAGUUGCUGGAGGCCAUCAGUGCCCUGGGAGGUAAGAAAAAGAAGAAGCUGGCUGAAAGAUCCGAGGCAGCCGUGCAGAUGUCUGAGUUCACGGUCAAUGCGGAGGGCGAAGGCGACAAAAUCGACCUGUCAGACCUCAUUGGCACCCUGAACAAAACCCCCGCUGUCCCAAAGAAGACCAAGAAGCAGCUCCAGAACCUCCAGACCAAGAACACCAUUGAGAGUCCUCUCAGCAAGCAAGAGAGCGAGCGGAUCCAGAGAGAUGUGGCGUUUCAGAAGUCUGCUGCAGAGGUGUCCCGCUGGACGAGUAUCAUCAAGCAGAACCAGAGGGCCGAGCAGCUGGUCUUCCCCCUCAAGCAGGAGCCCUCGGGCCGCAGACCCGUGGAGAAGGUGGUGUGUGGCUGGAAAGCACAAACCCCGCUCGAGCAGGAGAUCUUCAGCCUGCUGUCCGUCAACAAGCAGCCCAUCAACGACCCCGUCCUGACUCCCAAAGAGGAGGCGUCCAUGAGGGCCAUGAGUCUGGAGGACGCCAGGAUCCGCCGCGCAGAGCUGCAGAAAGCCAGGGCCCUGCAGUCGUACUACGAGGCAAAGGCCACCAGAGAGAGGAGGAUCAAGAGCAAGAAAUACCACAAGGUCCAAAACAAGGCAAAGCGCAAAGAGUUCCUGAAGCAGUUUGAUGAGAUGGUGAAAAGCAACCCUGCCGCGGCCCUGGAGGAGCUGAAUAAGAUGGAGCUGUCCAGGAUGCAGGAGAGGAUGUCGCUCAAACACCAGAACAGCAGCAAGUGGGCCAAGUCCAAGGCCGUCAUGGCAAAAUAUGAUGGGGAGGCUCGCAAAGCCAUACAGCAGCAGCUGGAGAUCAACAAAGACCUGACUGAGAAGCUGGCCGCCUCACUCAACAAGGAAGAGGGGGAGGAGGAUGAAGACGUCGGCGAUCCAGAGGUGCUGCCUGAUUUUGUGAAUGAUGCCGAGACCGGGUCAGAUCCUGCAAACCCAUGGAUGAGAGGCAAGCUGUCUGCAGAGCCCGCAGAGAAGGAGGCUAGUGACUGUGAGGCACCGAGUGUGGCGAUGGGAAACACCGAGGAAGAGGAGGAUGAGCAGGAAGUCGAGGAAACCGAGGAGGAAGCGCUGCUCAGGGAGUUUGACAGCCGGCGGAAACUGCGUCAGUCUCAAGAGUCUGACAAAGACCCGGAGAUGUGUGUGACUGAUGAGGAGGAGGCGGAGGAGGAGCACGAAGCCACAGCCACCGACCAUCCAGACACGUCUGACAAAGAGGAAGAGGAGCUUUCAGAGUUCAAGAGCCUCCUGCAGGGGAUAACAGACAGCCAGGCGUCCAGAGCGGAAAUGCCUGCGGAUGCUGAGCCAACGCAGACUUCAGCUCCACUUGAGGAGGGGCUGGUGAGGAUCAGGACGCUGGAGGACAUUGAGCUCCUCGGUCAGGAGGAGGCGCCCACUGAUGAAGCACCAGCUGAGACCCAGGAGCCCCCAUCGACACAGGCCCCGUCGUCUGCUCCUGAAAAAGCAAAGAGGAAAAGAAAGAGGGCAAUCGAUGUGAAAGAUGUUCUCACCAAGGAGGCCAAAGUCAUCCGAGUCCCACUGGACCCGACUGUGGAGGAUGCUGAGGAGUUGGAUGAGAAGGACGGACAGAGGGGCCUCAUUAAAGAGGCAUUUGCCGCCGAUGACGUCAUCUCGGACUUCCUCAAGGAUAAGAGGAAGCAGGAGGACGCGGGGAAGCCUAAGGUGGUGGACUUGACCUUGCCCGGGUGGGGAGAAUGGGGCGGCAUUGGCCUCAAACCCUCCCGCAAAAAGCGCAAGAAGUUCAGAGUGAAAGUGGCGCCCCCUCCUCCUCCGAGAAAAGAUCAAAACCUGCCCUGCGUCAUCAUCUCCGAGAGCAGAAACAGCUCCGCCUGCGCUCACCAGGUGAGCUCGCUGCCGUUCCCCUUCAAGAACCCCUCACAGUUCGAGAGCACGAUCCGCACUCCCUCGGGCCGGACCUGGAACACGGAGCGGACUGUGAAAAAGAUCACCAAGCCCAAGGUGGUCACCCGGCUGGGGGCCAUCAUUGAGCCAAUCGCUCGGGAGGAUGUGAUGAAGGAUCUGAUGAAGAACCAGAAGCAGGCGUCUGCUGGGAAACACACUAAAGGCCAUGUGGACUCGAAAAACAAGAAAAAACACAUGAACAAAAAGAAAACAGUUACAGCACGUUAAAUCUGAUGUUUGACUAGAUGUCUGAAAUUGCUAAGUGCUAAGGCUACUAAAUAACAUGUAGCCAUUCAUUUCUGUGUGGGCCUGUGGGAUCAAGUCACUUCAAGUCAUGUGUGAGAGUUUUGUAAUAUUUUUUUCUUUAUAAAAAAACUGAAAGCCUCCUUUUUCUUUUUCUCUGGAGCUUUUCACAAUAUUUUUUCGCAUAUUUGACUUAAAAUGUAUUCAGUCAAUUAAUAGUUAAUACUGAACUUGAAAUAAAUCGCAGUGCGUGAGGUGAUGAUA